UCGCGAUAAGUCAAGUUAGGUUUGUGUUUUGCUUCGCGCCGUGCACAUCAAAAUAUGGGAAUCCAUGUGUUUGACUCGAUCCUGUUGGUUUUUGCGAGUUUCGGUGACAGCUAAUUCGUAUACGUGCUAAAUCUAAGUGCAGUGGUCGAGAAAAGGUUUGACAGAUAUAAACAGUCCGUCGGGUAUGUGCGGUUGACGGAAAUCGCAGAGCUAUCAGUUGAUUUAACUUUGCACAGAUCGGCACCAUGAAGCCAGUUCAAACCAAGAAAGAAUUCGAAUCUAUCGAUAAUAAUAAUGUGGCAGGGGAUACGAGUCGAACAAAUGAUCCCUGGAAUACUCUAACAACUGUAACAACAUUUGAUCAAGGUAGGUCUAGAGGAUCAACGAUCUGCCUGAGUGCUAAUGGAAAUCAAACUACUGGGCAAAUCACACGUACCUCUUCUACCCUUUUAAUUCAGUCACUUUUACGACAAUUAUGUACUAUGUUGGAAACCAAUAAGACACGGAGACAGAAUUUAUAUACUGUUAUCUGCAAUGAACUAUGUCAAAUGAAAUUACUUGAUGGUUCCUACAAUGUGGCGGAAUUUGAAACUUUGAGGAGACAAUAUCACCAUGCUUUUUCUCGCUUGGUGUCAAUCGCACGUGUUAUGACCGGAAACGAAAGUAUUCCGAAAAGUUUUCUAACGCCAGGAUGGUCUCGUUACCAGGAAGAAUUUAAUGAAAUAAGUCUUAUCGCUAGUGGAGGAUUCGGUGAGGUUUAUGAAGCGCUGCACCGGCUUGACGAUACCAAAUACGCGAUCAAAAAGAUCGUUUUGUACUCUAGCCGUACGAAGGACAUAGAUCAAUACUUAAACGAAGUAAAGACACUGGCUAGAUUAAAUCACGCAAAUAUCGUUUCUUACAAAGCAGCCUGGAUCGAACCACUGUUACCAUCCAUUAUUCCAACUAGAGUAUCCACUAAUCGUGAAUCUGCUAGAGUUUCAUCUAUUACAAGCGGUCCGAGUAAUGAUAGUAAUUGCAAUGAUUCAUCCGAUAACGAAACGAGCAACGCAGAUCAAUCGACGGACAAAAGUGCCCCGCAGGAAUAUACGAAGGACAAUACGGAAAGUUCAGAUAUAGUGUCCUUCAGAAAUAGCGAGAGUGGCGAGAAUGUGGAUAAAUCUGAGGAUACAGAAUCCAAGAGCGAGCAUACCGAUAUUCCUACUCACGAAUCUACUAGCUAUCAAAUGUGCACAUACAGUAACAGAGUAAGUAACAAUGGAAAUCAAAAAUACAUGAUGCUGUACAUCCAAAUGACUUUGUGCGAGCAAACGCUCAGGGAAUGGAUGCGCGAGAGAAUAAGCCAGACGCCACAGCCGAUAAUCUCAGCGGUGUUACAGCAAAUCCUCUGCGGCGUCAAUUAUAUUCACGGUAAAAAAAUCGUGCAUCACGACAUAAAGCCAAGCAACAUAUUCAUUUCAAGGUCGGGGCAGCUUCAGGUGCAGCUGGGCGAUUUUGGCUUAGCUUGUCCGUUGCAAAGGGGGACCCGUCAUUCCGUCCUCGGCACUUUUAUGUACGCGGCGCCGGAACAACUCGAGGGCAAGUGCGACGCAAAAAGUGACAUCUACAGUAUAGGAAUCGUCCUUACGGAGCUUUUGAUUCUAACGCAUACUCAGAUGGAAUUGACUACUGUAAUCAAUUGUUUAAAGUGUGGUAUGAUACCAGAAACUGUUACCAUGGAGCGACAUAAAUGGGCGCGUAUGAUCGUCCGAAUGGUGCAGGACAAUCCCGACGAGCGACCAUGCACGACUGAACUCUUGCAGGAUUUAGAAAAAGACAAUGACACGAAAAUAGUAAGUGAACUGAAACAGACCGUUCAAGCUUUGACACACAAUAUUCGCGACAAGGAUGAGCAGAUUCAAGAGCUGCAAGACCAGAUUGCGUCGCUAAAAGAACAAGUUAGAAAGAAGGAGAGUUAGAGGUGUCGGAGGAUGUAUGAAGUGAACUAUUAUGUCAAAGGGAGGUAGACUCGUAGAAAGGUUUGACAUGACAUUGAUAAGACUGCUAAAGAAAUUAGAAUUUUGUCUUUCGAGUUGUUUCAAUUUAAUAAGAAAGUAACGACGUAGUGGCACGAUUAAUUUUUUAAAAUGUAGUGCAUUGUUUGAAUUUCUUAACAAUGUAUUAAUGAUAAUUUUUAUAUUGUGCCAAAAUCUUUUUGGAUAUCUUUUUAGAUUCUUAAAUUGCAAGAUUAUUAAUUUAUUAAUUAGUAAUCUCAACCAAAUACGUGUAAUCGUGCACGAGUAUUUAACAAUUUGACGAGGAAAUGUACAAAUAUAUUAAUUAAAUGGUGCCAUUACAGUUAAAUAUUAAAUGAAAGAAAGCACGAAAGAAACGAAGAGAAACGUGCAAUAGCAAGUAUUUUUUAUCAUUACUAUAAAUAUCUGUACAUAUUAAUAGCAUAUGUAUAUAUAAACAUUUUUAUUGUAUUUAUUAAAAUAAUGUUUAAC